AAAUAUUUCUUAUCGUUUACUCGCCAUCUAACAAACGGUUCUGAUCUAGAACCAAACCUAUUCUAGUUUGGUAUAAAUUUUUUGUGGAGUUAUUCUUUUUUUAUCUUUAUCAGACUUUAUACUCCUUGACGUUCGAUAAAAAAUAGCAAUGAUUACCGAUAUCCAGCUAGCAGUGUUUUCAAACAUUUUAGGUGUAUCCAUAUUCCUCCUUGUAAUACUUUACCACUAUAUCAACGCAAACAGCAGCAAAUAAAGGUAUAUAAAUUUCUCAACCAUUAUCUAUAUGGAGUUUUAAGAAGGAAGUGGCUUUUUACAUACUAACCUGUAGUAACAGAUUAGUAUAUCUAGCAAUAUUUACUAUGAAUUUUCAAUAUGGCGUAAAGAUCUAAGAUUACACACAAGAAUGCUCAAGAUUGCAAUUUCAAAAAUAUAGUAAAAUGUACAAUGAAUUAAUUUGUUUG